GGAUUUUACCCUCUCGGGUGUCGAAUUGUGGAUAGUUUGGUGUAUACAUUUUUGCAAUGUAACAUUAAUACAUUUGAGACGGUGUUCAUUGAAUUAUCCAUUCGGGGAAGAGGCUGAGGUUUCCGAUGCAAGUGUCUCAUUUAUUUCUUCCCUCUCUCUAUUACUGCCUGCCAAGGAAUGAAACUGUAUCUUUGAGGGGGGUAGAAUCCAACCGCGCUAAUGGAAAUCACCCUUCCUACGUUUUGUCUCACCCUCACCAGCUUCUCGAAAUUCUUCCAACACUUUCAAUUCUCAACUCUCAAUUCUCAACCACGACAAAUCCGGCGAAUCUUACCACAAUUGAGAUGCUCAUUUUCUUCACUCUUUCAACCCUUUCGAUCUUGAAUUUACCAUCCAACAUUCUCUUCAAAUUCUCCUGAUUGUUGACCAGUCGGGCCUCACAUUGAAACAUUCUGCCUUCUUCGUGGAUUCUAUCGAUCAACAAGCCUCACUGAUUGAGUUUUGGUGCGCAUGAAUUAUUCUCCUCUCAUUCGUCUAUUCUAGGAUGCCUUCUUUCUCCCUCUCUAUUGAUUUCACCUCCCCUCCAGUGGCUUGAAUUCCCUCCGAAGGCCUUGCUUCCAAUGCCUCUGCCAUCAUUAAGAUCCUUCACCAAGUCAUCAAGUCUCAAAGACCCAAAGACCAUCAAGUUUUGCCCCAUGACUUCCUUCCUCCACAUGUCGCAUUUCUAAUUCGGAUUAUACGAAGCAGCACUUCUCGUAAAAGCCAAGUUCUUUUAGCGCAACCUACCCAACCGCUUUAAUAUGGUGUUGUCGCAUACAAAUUCACCAUGGCACCAACUUGUUACACAUGCAAAACCACCUUCCAAGUAAAUUCGCAUAUGGUAUCGCACUGCCGAGUAACUGGACACGUUCGUGGCUGGGUCUGUGGCAAUUGUGAUAAACCAUUCCAGGACGAAGAGGCGAGAAGACAGCAUGUUCAGGCGAAGCAUCCACAGGGAAAGCGCCCAUUCAUGUGUUCUCAUUGUAACGAGUCUUUCCGCUCCGAGGAAGCAAGAAAAAAACAUACUGAGGCCAAGCACCAGUUCCAGUGUUCUUAUUGUAAAGAUAAUUUCAAUUCUGCAGACAGUCUGAAACAACACAACUUCACCGAUCACUAUUUUCCCUGCGAAUUCAACGACUGUGACUCUGUAUUCAAUACGGAACAGCUUCUAAACAACCACAAAGGAAACAAACACAAGUUCCGGUGUAAUAAGUGCAAUAAAGAUUUUCAAUCCCAGGGCCCUCUCGACAAGCACGAUACAGAGUUCCACCGCUCUUUCCGCUGCAAAUCUUGUAACAAAGAUUUUAAAUCGGAGAUUGCGCUAGAACAGCACAUAAGCUCUUCGGCCCAUUCACAGACCUGUCCAAAAUGUAGCAAAUCGUUUCCAUCCUAUGCUAGUCUUCAACAGCACACCACCGCCGAGCAUACAUGGAAAUGCAAUCAUUGUCAACAUACAUUUGAUGGCCAGAACCACCUUAUACUACAUCAUACCUAUGAACACUUGAUGGUCAAAUGUUCCAUCUGCUACGCCAAAUUUAAUCACAUUGCAGAGCUAAUAAACAUAAGUCAGAGCAGCAUUCUUUUCAAUGUGAAUACUGCCCAAUUCAUCCAUUUGCAACCUAUACCCUUCUCAAAGAACACGAAUCCUCAUCUCACAACUUCAAAUGCUCGGCAUGUCCCAAACAUUUCAAACUCCAGGUUGAGCGAAACAGCCAUUUCGAACAAGUGCAUCCUCAGUUAUGCUCCCAAUGUGGCUUAAGAUUCGAUAGUUCGGCUCUCUUGAAUAUUCA